AUGGUUGGCAUUUUGAAAUUGUUUGCGUAUGCCGAUUGGCUGGAUAUCAUUUUGAUGAUAAUAGGCUUGAUUGCAUCUGUUGCAAAUGGAACAGGGCUGCCAAUUAUUUUUGUUGUCAUUGGAAAGAUGACAAACAGAUUUGUGACGAUUGGCCAAGCAGUAAAUAUGUCUUCAGCUGUGAUGAAUAGUAGCUCUACUUGUCCAGUAAUGCCAGGUUUGGAUAUAGAAGCUGAAAUGACCAGGUUUGCCUACUACUAUGCGGGUAUUGGCUUUGCUGUAGUGAUACUGAGCACCAUCCAAGUCUGGACAUUUCUGACCUCACCUGCAAGACAGACAGCAAGAAUCCGACAAAAGUUUUUUUUUGCAGUACUUCACCAGGAGAUGGCUUGGUUUGAUAUCAGCAAGAUUGGAACGUUGAACACCCGACUGACGGAUGACAUUAACACCAUCCACGAAGGCAUUGGAGACAAGUACUGUAUAUUUGUACAAUUCUUUUCCACGUUUCUGACAGGGAUUGUUAUAGGAUUCGUCUACGGAUGGAAACUGACUUUGGUGAUUUUGUCAGUUAGCCCUCUCCUUGUUGCAGCAGCAGCAGUUGGAUCAUUUUUCCUGUCAUCAUUCACUACAAAAGAGCUGACUGCUUAUGCUAGAGCAGGAGCUGUGGCGGAAGAAAUUUUGACUUCUAUCAGAAUAGUUGUUGCUUUCAAUGGAGAGAUGAAGGCAUUAGCAAAAUAUGAUGUUAACCUGGAGAAUGCUAGGAAAGUUGGAGUAAAAAAAUCCAUUACCACAUACACAUCUUUGGGUUUCACAGAGUUUAUUUCAUUUCGAGCCUUUGCUCUUGCAUUUUGGUACGGAAUCAAACUCACAGUGGAGGAGAAAGAGAAUUAUGACAUCGGACAUGUGCUAAUUGUAUUACUCUCUGUGGUCCGUGGCGCAUUCUUUCUCGGCCAGGGCUCCCCACACUUGGAAUGUGUUGCCAGUGCUCGAGGUGCUGCCUAUGAAGUGUACAAGGUCAUCAGUAAGCACCGUCUUCUAGAUAGCAGUGCCAAGGAAGGAUACAGACCAGACAAGCUCAAAGGAGAAAUUGAAUUCAAAAACAUCCAUUUCAGUUACCCAUUCAGACCUGAUGUUAAAAUUCUCAAGGGCCUGAACCUGAAAGUUCAAUCGGGGAAGACCAUCGCUCUGGUUGGCUCCAGUGGCUGUGGCAAAAGUACUGCUAUUCAGCUGCUACAGAGAUUCUAUGAUCCAGUCCAAGGAGAGAUUACCUUAGAUGGACGAGAUAUUCGGACACUUAAUAUAAAGUGGCUAAGAGAACGUAUUGGCCUUGUAAGCCAGGAGCCUAUUUUGUUUGCUACAACAAUAGCUGAGAACAUUCGCUGUGGCAGAGAGGGUAUUACUGAUUCUGAAAUUGAGAAAGCAGCUAAAGAAGCCAAUGCUUUUGAUUUUAUAUCCAGACUGCCUGAGAAACUUAACACCCUGGUGGGGGAAAGGGGAGCUCAGCUGAGUGGAGGGCAGAAACAGCGAAUUGCUAUUGCCCGUGCCCUGGCAAGGAAUCCCAGGAUUCUGCUGCUGGAUGAAGCCACGUCUGCUCUGGACACUCAGAGUGAAUCUAUUGUGCAAGCAGCUCUUAAUAAGGCUAGGGCUGGACGUACCACCAUUGUGAUAGCUCACCGGCUCUCCACAAUCCGAACAGCUGACAUUAUCGCUGGAUUUCACAACGGUGUUGUUGUUGAACAGGGAACACACAGUGAACUCAUGACACAGAAGGGUGUCUACUAUUCUCUUGUGAUGCAGCAGGUAAUGAGAUGUGAUAGAGCACUCCUGACUAAAUGCUUCAGAUUUACUGGCCAUCUCUCUACUCCAGAAAAUUAUCUGCAUAUAUCACUCACAGGUGCUGAUUUUUGA